AUGCGACCCUCAAGACCUGAAGAGGAACUGCCGGAGCGAAGGUUCUCGGGGAGAAAGUACAACUCGAUACUCAAACGAUGGAAGACCAGGAAGUCAGAGGCCAAGAACCCUCUUCAGCAUGCGCGGCAAAACGACAACAAUGUAUCAGAGCAUCGGCCUCGCGGUGGCUGCUACGCAUCUCGAAGCCCACGAAACUUGAUCCGACGAGAGAUUCAAUUCCACAUACCAGAUUGGAUCGACGACGUUGUGCACGCGCAGUUGGUAGAGAUUGCGGAACGGCUUGCGGCGGAAGCUGGCAGUCCUGGUUGGGAGGGUCCUUGGGCUCCAGCCAUGCCCGGGGUGGGUGAUGCGGAUCAGGUGGAAGGUCACAUUUGCUCGGGGGAAGAGCAGUCGCACGAACGCGAGCGGCCUGGAUCGGCUCCGUUGCUGGACAGAAUGGAGCCACAUAGGGAUACCAACGACCCAGCGGUGCCUUGCCGCAGCAGCGUGUCCGUACCCAGCGUCAGAUCACUCCCACUCGCGCCGGGCGUCCGAUCCCUUGCUCCACUCCUCGAUCUUCGUGAGACUCUGCCUAUGGAUGCGCAAAGAGAGGCACAGGCGAUCCAGCAUUCAAGAAACGCGAGCUCAUCCUCCGUGAGCUCCUCCAGCCACGGCUCCGGCACCUCAGUCUACAGCAAGCACACCUCCGUAACCAGUCCAGGCAUCGGCGCGGAGAAGCGAAUCUCAGACGCUCUAAGCACUCGGAUGACGUGGAAGGACAUCGCAGCGAAAACAGGCCCGAUUAAGAAACCGGUCCAAGCAGGCCUCCUGAAGCACAUCAACACGCACGCAGCCAAACCGAGCACGACUUAUUCGAUCAUGUCUCCUGUUCAGGCUGGAGUGUUCGACGAUUCGAACUCGCACCUCUCAAAACCGAGCAUCAGCACUUCCAGCCUGCCGCCCGUACAGGCUCGAGUGUUCGGCAACGUGAAAGCCGAUGUCAACAAACCGCUACCGCCUGCUCCGCCACAAAGGCGGUCGGCGGUCUUCGCGGUGGCAGAACCGGUGCAUAGUCCAACGGUCGGAAGCGUGCCGGCGACGCUGUCAGUGAGAGACGCUCGGCACAGCCCAUUGCGAGAGGUUGCACGUGCCCCUUCGCCGAUGGCGGGAAUCAUACACAAGGCUUCGAGCGAAUACCUGCCGGCUGCAACGCCCACAGCCGCUGUAUUCGAAGAGCCUCUGGAGCCCAAGACGAGUUUGCAGCCAAGCUCGGAAGGGCCGUUAAUGAAAGUUGGGCGGCUGAGCAGACCGUUCAUGGAGCUGGGUUUGGGUUGCGAGUUUGAAGACGACGAGCCGGUAUUUGAUUGCGAGUUUGACGAAGAUGGGCCACCAGACGAUGAGCUGCAGCGCGACAGAGCUUGCUUGCCUACAGACCUUACGGAAAAAGUUGUCGUUGUCCCGGAAAGGGCUAUAGGCGGAGCAGUGCGUUGCAUCACUGGCCCUGUGCUGGGUGAGGCUAAUCCUGAUGCUGUCAAGUACCUGGUCAGCAUUUUCGAGAAUAAGAGUCGGCGAGAGGACAAACGAGUUCAAGGCAAAGCAGUGCAACAAGCCCGCAGAGAAGAUGAAAGCCUGGUUCAAGAAGAUAGUAGUGCCUCUCCUGCGCUUAUAAAGCCCGAGUCCCAUGAGAUUGUUGUCGAUAGCACGGAUCCGAAGGCACAGGAGGACGCGCACAGCACUCCCACGCCACCCGCCACCAGCGAGAAAGCGAAAGAAGGAGGGGGAGGGGGAGAAGGAGCAGAGGACUCCGCCAGCGUCACCUUCAGCCAAGCCGAAGACGACCUCAUGGCCCAGCUGACCUUGGACACAUCUCAUAAAUUCCGGCGGCCAGGCUCUUGGCUACCUGACUCGCCCACACUAGGCUCGCCGAUAAAUACCUCUCCAUGCAUCCCUUUCCUGCGGAUCGACAGUCCCGAGGACGGAUCCGGCACGAGCGAAGAGAACGUGCCGGUGAGGACGAAGACGCUGUCACAUUACGAGUUCAUUUGGAGUCCGGAUGGGUGGUACGUUGCAUGA